CCAACAGAGUUUCUCAAACCUUCCAUUUCAUUCCAAUUUGAAAGCAAUCCAUUGAGUGGCUAGGAAUAUUUGCUGACUUGCCUCACGGUCUCUCUGUUGAGAAUCAAAGAAGAAAUUAGUGGCAUUCACAAACACUGAGAUAGUGCUGCAGAAUAUUUUGAAAAAAACAAUCAAUUUUGUCAGCAUUUUCGGCGUACUAAGUUCAGAUAACAGACUGCCUCGACUGCCUGGACGUGAUUUUGAUGGAAAAUAUUCGAAAAUCAAUUCAUUUUGAUCAACUGUGCGUGGAAAUCGUGACAAAAUACCCCUUCGAAGUGUCUAGUAAAUCGCAAUAAAUUUUGUAGUGUGUAUAAACUACAGGUUGAUAACCCAUACAGAGAUAACCAGUGUCUGAAAUCAACAUCCAACUGUUGACUCCUCAGAUACUCAAUGGCAAGAUUGUCAACAAUUUUGAGAUUAAAGAGAUUAAAUUCUCUGUUGGGAAUCUACAAAAGAUCACCAAGUUGUUUGCAAAGUAUUCAAACAAACUACCGAGAAUAUCACCACGAUCAUGAUAGGGCGAGGGAAAAUUGGUGGGAGAUUUCCAAAAAUCAGAGAUUUCUUCUUCUUACAGCAGGAGCAAUUGGUGGAACAAUUCUAACAUUGAGCAAUGACUUUGGAAAUGCCUCCGUGGAGGCUGCAGAGAAAUAUGAUCCAGAUAUUGAAAAGCAUCAUAAAACCGUCCGCACGGAUCUCCCAACAUAUAGAAUGGAAGAUGUUGCUGCUCACAACAAUGAGAAGACUGGCAUUUGGGUUACUUAUGGAAUUGGUGUUUAUGACAUUACCGAAUUCGUGCCUAAACAUCCGGGAAGUGACAAGGUGAUGUUGGGUGCUGGGAGUGCAAUAGAUCCCUUCUGGCAUGUUUUCCAGCAACACAACACUCCGGAAGUGCUGACACUGCUGGAAACCUUCAGAAUUGGCAAUCUGAAUCCUGAAGAUCAAGUCAGUACAAGGGAUAUGGGUGAUCCAUGGUCAGGAGAACCACGCAGGCAUCCCAUCUUGAAGCCAGCAGCCCAAAAACCUUUCAAUGCUGAACCUCCACCAUCAAUUCUAAUAGAUUCCUUUAUAACUCCCAAUGAAUUUUUUUAUGUCAGGAAUCACCUGCCGGUGCCUGAAAUCGAUGAGAAGACCUACGAGCUCGAAAUUGAAAUUGAGGGAGUGAAGAAGGUGACCAAAAUGACUCUGAAAGACCUGAAGAAACUACCCAAGCAUUCAGUCACUGCUGUUGUGAUGUGUGGAGGAAACCGCCGGUCUGACAUGGACAAUGUGAAGAAGGUCAAGGGAUUAUAUUGGGGACCAUCGGCUGUUGGAAAUGCUGUCUGGACAGGAGUUAAACUAUGCGAUGUCUUGGCAAAAAUGGGAGUGAAAUCUGACGAAGAAAAGCAUGUUCAUUUUGAAGGACUCGACACUGAUCCAACUUCUACAUACUACGCAGCUUCUAUUCCUCUUGCUAAGGCCAUGGAUCCCCGAGGGGAUGUUCUUCUAGCCUAUGAAAUGAAUGGUCAGCCAUUGAGCAGGGAUCAUGGCUUCCCAGUGCGAGCUAUCGUUCCUGGCACCGUUGGAGCCAGGAAUGUUAAGUGGCUUGGAAAAAUAUUGAUCUCAGACAAAGAAUCUGACUCUCAUUGGCAGCAGAAGGACUACAAGGGAUUCAGCCCGAGUACCGAUUGGGACACUGUGGACUUCUCAAAAAGCCCUGCAAUCCAACACAUGCCAGUGACAUCAGCAAUUUGCUAUCCAUCCCCAGGGGAUAAGGUCAAAGUGGAAGAUGGAUUUAUCACAGUUAAAGGAUACGCUUGGUCCGGAGGAGGAUGUCGAAUUGUGAGGGUGGACCUGACAUGUGAUGGUGGGGAAACAUGGCAUGUGGCUGAACUUGAACAAGAGGAUUUGGCCAAAGCACCACCCGGAAGGGCGUGGAGUUGGACAUUGUGGUCAGCAAAGAUUCCUGUUCCCAAGAAAGCACGCGAAGUGGAAAUUUGGUCAAAAGCAGUGGAUUCCAACUACAACGUUCAACCUGAAUCUUUUAAGAAUACUUGGAACUUGAGGGGGGUUCUCAGUAAUGCAUACAGUCGAGUAAAAGUGAAGCUUGCAAAAUAAAAUCAUGGGGAAAAUCAAGAAUUUUCAGGGAAAAUGUAAGCCACAUUCUUGACUUGUUGGAAUGUUUGGCAAAUUUUACAAAUAACAUUCAAUAAAUACGUGAUACUUA